UUUCUCCAACUCUUUGUUUAGACUUCCCCUCUCCUUCUCCAAUCUCCAAUCUCCCUCUGCGUAUAGUAUCGAUGAUGUAGCCACCAAGAUGGGGAGGAGAAAAGAUCACAGAGCCACCAAAUCCCAAACCCUUCCUUCAUCUCCGACCCACUCCUCCACCUCCUCCUCCGACUUCGAGUUCACCGUCGCCCUCUCCCCUCGCGGCGGGUCCACCAACUCUUCUUCUUAUUCUUCUUCCUGCCCCGCCGACGAGCUCUUCUACAAAGGCCAGCUCCUCCCCCUCCACCUCUCCCCUCGCCUCUCCAUGGUCCGCACGCUCCUACUCGCUUCCUCCUCCACUUCCUCCUCCUCCGACACCACCACCACCGCCUCCCGCGAUUCCACGGGUAGUAGCUCUAAUGAUUCCCGCUCCUCCUUCUCCGCCGCCGACCUCCUCCUCCUCCCCCCUGAUUGCGACUCCUCCCGCCCCUCCUCCGCCGCCGAAGAAACGGAUUUCUCCGCCUCCGCCGCCAAGAAAACCUCCAAGUACCACCUCAACUUCUCCCUCUCUAGAUUCUCUUCCGUUUUCCGGAAGACCCGCCUCGCGGAUCCUCCCCCCCCCCCCCCCCCCCCCCNCCCCGCCGGAUCCGCACCCGCCCCCUCCCCUGUAAAACGCUUGAGCAAAACCGCCCGAGAAGUCAUCGGCAAGUACCUCAAGAAAGUCAAGCCCUUAUACGAAAAGCUCUCCCAAAACCAAAAGCCCCAACAGAAAACCAAAUCGCCCCCCGAAGCCGUUCCGAUUUCCCCGAAAGAAACGGCGGUUAUCUCCCACUCGUUCUCGGGGAAUUUAAGGUACCCGAGGAGGAAGAGCUGCGUGUCGAGCUGCCCGUCGUCGAUGCGGUCGUCCCCCAGCCACUCCGGCGUGCUUUGCCGGGCCGGAUUCACCCCGCCGGCGCCGCCGGCGACUAAGUCGGCGUACCCGUCGGACAUGUCGUCAAUGGAGGAGCUUCAGAACGCAAUACAAGGCGCCAUCGCUCAUUGCAAGAACUCCAUGCUUCAGCCUUCCACAACCACCGCUACUAGCAGCCACAAGAAUAUCGUGGUCAGUAAUGAGAUUUGACAAGACUUCAGGGGUGUUAGUAGUAAAUAAAAUUUAUUCAAAUUAAUCUAAGUUUUUUUUUUUUUUUUUUGGGGUGCAAUCAAAUCGAAUCGAACACAAACACUCCAGAGUUACUCAAACUCAGAUCAAAAUCGAGUUUUUUCUAUAAGUAAAUCGAUUCAUUUACACCCGUAUGGAAUUGUGUUGUUUAAUUAAUUAGGUGUUGGAUCUGCAGUAAAAAAUUACUAUGUAGCGCUUACUGUUGACUGAUCUCAGAUGAUAUUAACUUGUUUUUGGAUUAAUGAUUUUUUUUUUUCUUUUUAAUGAAUGAAUGGAUCUUGAUCUCUGAA